GGUAAACAUAUUUGCACUCCCAUAUGAAAAUUGGUGGCUAGAUUGAAAAGGUAGUGAGGAAUUAGCAGGCAUACAAUGGCUAAUGUAAAACAGAUCUUGGGGGAACUAGACAAGGAUUCAUUCGUAACCCUUAUGGAGAAACUGAUCGGUGAGUCCAAAUAUGUACAGAACAACCCGCCGGAUCUUAUUCCGGAGGAAGACAGGGUUGUGAAACACGUUCUUGAUAUCCUUAAUCCUUAUGGCACCACCGUCGGCGGUCCACUGGUCAUCAAUCAUAUUAGUUAUACGCCUAAAAGGGGUAAUCUUAUUGUGGAGUACCCUGGUACUGAGUCAGACAAAGUUGUGUCUUUUGUUGGAAUGCAUAUGGAUGUUGUCACUGCCAACCCUGAUGCUUGGGAAUUUGAUCCAUUUUCAUUGAGCAUCAAUGGUGAUGAACUUCGAGGACGUGGAACUACUGAUUGCUUAGGUCACGUGGCUCUUGUGACUGAGCUUAUGAAGCGGUUGGGAGAGACAAAGCCAAAGUUGAAAUCGACGGUGGUUGCUAUUUUCAUAGCCAGUGAAGAGAACUCAUCUAUCCCUGGGAUUGGUGUGGAUGAGUUAUGGGGGGAUGGAUGGUUUGAUAAGUUAAACCAAGGCCCUCUAUAUUGGAUUGACGCAGCUGAUAAACAACCAUGCAUUGGUACUGGUGGAACUAUACCCUGGAAACUUAAGGUAACCGGAAAGCUUUUCCACAGUGGUCUGCCCAACAAGGCUAUCAAUGCUCUGGAGCUUGGUAUGGAAGCACUGAGAGAAAUUCAGACUCGCUUCUAUAAAGAUUUCCCUCCCCAUCCUAAAGAAAAAGUGUAUAAAUUCGAGACACCAUCGACCAUGAAACCAACUCAGUGGUCUUAUCCUGGGGGUGGAAUCAACCAAAUUCCUGGUGAGUGCACUAUUGCUGGAGAUGUUAGGUUGACUCCAUUUUACAGUGUAUCAGAUUGUAUGAAGAAAUUACAAGAAUAUGUUGAUUACUUAAAUGCCAACAUUGAAAAACUUGAUACUCGAGGCCCUGUUUCAAAAUAUGUUCUCCCAAAUGAGAACCUAAGGGGCAGAUUGGAUAUAAGUUUCGACCAAACUUCGUCUGGCAUUGCUUGUGAUCUCAAUUCUCUGGGGUAUCGUGUACUAGCCAAAGCUACAAAAGAGGUAGUUGGGUAUUUAAAACCAUAUUCUAUAACCGGUUCUUUGCCAUUGGUAAGAGAUCUGCAGGAUAAGGGUUAUGAUGUUCAAACUACUGGCUACGGCAUAAUGGCUACAUACCAUGCAAAUAAUGAACAUUGUCUACUGUCUGACAUGGGCCAAGGUUACCUGGUCUUUGCAAGCAUCAUCGCACAGUUGGAAGGUUGAUAUGAGGUUUGUUUACAUCACAAUUCAGAGUGGUCGACAGAAUAAGGAUUUUGAUGUUGUAAUCCAUGAAAAUUACAUCUCUUUCGGAUGACUCCUGCUAUAAUAAUGCUGGUUCUAUGUUGAAUCUGUAAUCUAAGUACUCUAUAAUAAUGAUGGUUCUAUGUUGAAUCUGUAAUUUAUGCACUCUAUAAUAAUGUUGGUUCUAUGUUGAAUCUGUAAUCUAAGUACUCUAUAAUAAUGAUGGUUCUAUGUUGAA